CUGACUUUCAUGCCACCUUCUUCCUUACCUUCUUGACCAUCUACCUAAAUAUGAUUCGGUACAUCACCCGCAGUUUCGAUAAUACUGAUCAACAAUAUUUGGAACCUAUCUCAUAAAACAUGCCAUCCAAGCAAAAAUCAAUGCCAUAUCCAUGGGAGAUGAUCGUCGAUGCCAACCGUACAGGUUCCGUUGGGGACAUUGAUCUUAUACUGCUUGAAGCAUUCGAAUUGUCGACGGAGGCAUACGACACGUGCGUUGCUUCAGUGAGAGAGAAAGCUACAGUGGGUAACAAAGUUGAUCGUUUGCAAUAUCUGAUUGAUGAAGGCCACAUCGAUGUGGACAAGAAACUGGUACAACUUGUCUACAGGGAUGACGACAUGGUUCGCUGGUGCUUGGAUGACGGUGCGAUCGUUGACGACACAGACAAGACCAUGCUUGCGGAUGUUGCGUCGUUCGGGAGCAUUGAUACACUCAGGCUCUUGCAUGAGCAUGGUGCAUCGAUCAGCGAAUCGACCCUCAACAAUGCUGCAUGGCGCGGUAGACCCGAAAUGGUUGCCUUCCUCAUAGACCAUGUUGGUAUUGACAUCAAUAAAGCAUAUGCCGGAAAACACGAGCCACUACUCCGAAACCAGACGGCACUUUGUUCUGCAGCAAUCUCACCAUUGGCUGAUGGGGUUGGGGAAGUUGCGAAAGCCUUGCUCGAGCCGAGAGCAGAUCCCUAUCACGAGGAUUCCAACGCGCUCGAAGAGGCAACAAACAGUGUAGUGAUUGAUGUUUUCCAUGAAUGGAAGCACAAUCUUGAAGAGCCUAAAACAAAGACGCGGAAGACAACUCAUCGUACCAAUUUCACGGCUUCGAAAACAAUCCCUUGAACGACAACGCAAAGGGCAAACUCAUGAGGAUUCUUCUCUCCAGGUUCUCUCAAGAAGGCCAUUCUUGCAGCAAAGCUGAGCGCAUCUGCAAGCCAGAAAUUUCUCCAGUGUCUGGCGUAUUGAUCUGCACAGAUAGUUAUACCGUGCCGGUCUUGGAUACAAUAAAGGACCCUCUGGAUCUCGUAACUCGAUCGACCAUGGCAGAUCCGUCUCCAGUCAACCAUGU